GCCAAAACUUUCACUCACUCCUUUUUCCAAGUCCGCUGAGGCCUUGUGACCCCCACGGAUGACCUACGUCUGCCCCCUGGCGGCCAUCCCGAGGGGCAGCGCCGGAAAUCUCCUGCCUCCCGGGGUCCCCCGGUCGCUGUGCGCCCCCUCCUCGCGGGUUCGAAACAGUUGGGAGUUGGACCCACUCCAGCUUCUGCUCCAGGAGGCCCCUCCUGAGCGGUCUGCCCUCCUGGGGCCAUGGAGAAGGCCGCCCAUAAAAGCAAAAAAGGCAAAAACGUUGGCUUCAAUGUCAAGUCAUCCAUACACAACUUGAGCAAAACUCAGCAGACCAAACUCACUGUGGGCAACCUGGGCUUAGGCCUGAUCAUCAUCCAGAAUGGGCCCUACCUCCAGAUCACCCACCUCAUCAGGACGGGGGCUGCAGCCACGGAUGGAAAACUCCAGCCAGGUGAUGUUCUGAUUAGUGUUGGCCAUGCCAAUGUGUUAGGAUAUACUCUUCGAGAAUUUUUAAAACUUUUGCAACACAUCACCAUAGGAACAGUGCUACAAAUCAAGAUUUACCGAGAUUUUAUUGACAUACCCCAAGAAUGGCAAGAAAUACAUGAUUUAAUCCCUGAGACCAAAUUCCCGGUAACACGCACAACAAAGAAAACUGAGCAAGCAAAAGACCCUUUGGCAAGCAGUGAUGACAGUGAAGAUGUAGUUUCAGAUAAAAAACUUAAGUAUUAUAAAUAUUCAAGGUCCAGUGGGCAUCACUCUGCAAGGAGACCAAUGUCUAUCUCCAGAGAAUGGCAUGGCUACAAAAAGAAGAACCGUACUAUUAGUGUAGGAAAAGGCAUUAAUGCUGAUGUGGUGAUUCACAAAGAUCCCAAGAGAGAAGUGAGGCCCCCUUCUCCAUACUGGACAAUGGUGAAGCGAGACAACCAAAGCUCUUCCUCAUCCACAGCCUCCUCUACCUCAGAUGCAUUUUGGCUAGAAGACUUUGCCCAAGUUGAAAAGGGCAGGGGUCAACCUGUAUCAAAAGUUGCUUAGGCAGCAGUCUGCAAACUGGUGAUCACAUGAGCAUCUAAUUUUUGUGCAUUGCUAUGCACAGGUUUGCUAUACUUACAGGAGGAAUAUGUGCAGACUUACCCAUUCUUUCACAAGUGCAUUCUGAUGCCGUCAGAGACAUUCUUCAAUGUGAUAAUCCAAAGACUUCCCUGGGGUCAGACAGGCCUCACCACCUUAUUCUCAAAAUAGCAACAUCAUUAACACACUCCCUUCUGAGAAGAACAUCUCAUCUUUUACAAAAUGCGGCAGAGGAACCCAGGACCAGAAUGUAUGAACAUAGAGAGAAUUUCAAUUUUUAAGGUGGAGCUGUUGGGGAGAAGAUGGUGGAGACCUCUACAAUGCAAGAGGAGUUGACAUUUUUCAUGUGGAAAAAACUGGGAAAACCCACUGAUUGUGGAUUUGUUCUGUAGUUCAUAUAUUUGUUAGGCAUAGUAGAGAGUACAAAAAGGUAUAAGAUACGGUCCUGGCCCUUAAAACAAUUCAGUCUCACAAUAAUAUAUGUGAAAAAAAAAAAAAAAAAAA